AUGGCGGAUUGGUCUCAGCUCCCCCGAGAUCUCUUACACCUAAUAGCCAAACGCCUCAAGAGCCGCAUCGAUCUCCUCCGCCUCCGCUCCAUUUGCUCUUCAUGGCGCUCCUCUAUUGCUCUUACACCCAAACAACACCGUCACACCCCAAUUCCCACCACAGACGACUCCAAAUCCACCCUCAGUCUCGACCUAUCCGAACACACCGUUUAUCUUAUCGAAUCACAACAAGAAGGGUCUCCUCCAAAACGCUGGUUGGUCAAGGUUUUCGAAGACCAACAUGGUCGAAUGCACUUGCUUGACCCACUUUCAAGCUCCAAGGUUGUCGGAUUCGACAACUUGUUAUUGGAUUUGAGAGAGUUUAAAGUGUUUGAGAACAUGUUCUUCAUCGUACCGCAACAAAACAAUGAUUUUGCGUUGGUGACCCCACAUCGAGAUGGUGGAGGUGGAGGAUUGGCUUUCUUCAAUUCGAGAAUCCAGCAAUGGAUUACUAUUGGGUCCCACCCUGCCACGUCAUCAUGCAUAGCAGUGACUCACUUUGAGGGAAAGUUCUAUGCUGUGGAUACCAAAGGAAGAACAAUUAGUAUUGACCAAUUUUUAGAUUCAAAAGUGGUCACUAAUUUGGGGUCUGAUGCGUACAUGAAGUACUUAGUUGAAGCAGGUGGUGAAUUGUUGGUGGUUGAAGCAUAUCUUCCUUUUCCUAAUGCUGAGGGACUCAUUGGCAGUGAGAGCCAUAGGGGUUUGUGUAUUGAUUAUUUUGAGGUCUCUAAGUUGAACAAAGAAGGGGAUAAAUGGGUUAAGGUCAACAGCUUGGGGGAUUGGGUGUUGUUUUUGGGAAUUUAUUCUUCGUUUUCUGUGUUAGCUUCUGAGCUUCCAGGCUGCAAGGGGAAUUGCAUAGUUGUGACUCAGCCAAGGUGGAAAGAAUUUAAUCUGGAUGGUCAUGAUACGUAUGUAGUUGAAUUGGAAAGUGGUAGAUCUGGACCUUUGGGGAAUUACCCAGAUUUUUCCAAGUUGUUGUUUCCUGGUGGUAUGGGUACUUCUUCCACUUGA